AUUAUUAAUUAUUUAUCAGCUUGUCCGACGAUCGCAAUUUGCAGGAUGAAAUGGUGGGAACUCGCCCGGCCGGUGGGAAAUUUCGUGGCGAACUGUGAGAAAUUGCAAUUUAGUUUUGUGGUCCCACUGGUCUGGCACACAGUUCUCUGUUUUCAACCCUAAAUGAAAAACCUCUUGUUUUCAUUUUACUGAAGAUUCUCACCCCAUUGUGAACCGAGUGUUUUCGUUUUUUUCCCUUCACUGAUACACUUUUUUUUCAUGAAAAUUUAAUUGUGCACAGUUUUACAGUUCGGACAUCAUUUUUCGGAGAUGAAACAAGACUGUAGUGCAUCGUCAUGGCUCAAGUUUUUCACCACAGCUGGUAUUCCAAAAGAAUUUGCCGAGACGUAUGCAGUGACCUUCUCGAAGAACCAGAUUAACUUAGACAUGUUGCCAGAAAUAAAAAAAGAGUACCUAGUAGACAUGGGAAUAAAUCUCAUGGGGCAUAUUAUUGCAAUAUUGAGGCAUGCCAAGACAGUUCAUGAAGAGACUAUAAUUAAAGCCACUUUGACAAAUGGAACUAAAGUUGUCUUGGCUGAUGUAAAAAAAGAUAAACCCAUUGUAAAACCAACACUCCCAUCGCAGAAUAAAACGGUAAAGCCUGAGACUGUGCAGGAAACUAAAUUAACUGAAAUGAAAGUGAGGUCUGUUUCUACUUCUGCACCACAAAAACGUUCCUUGGAAGAAGAUCGAAACCCAGUGCAAGUUAAAAUGAUGAAAAUCACAAAUGCCACUUCAGUUUGUAAUAAAAAACCUGUGAUUACACCCACUAAGACAAAAUCCGAAGAAGAAAAUGGAAAAGAAAGUGAGAACAGAAAACGUGUUUUUCUCAGGUUGGGAAAUGAAACCAGUACAUCGGUUGUUAGUGAAGGAAAUUCAAAUGGUGAAAGUGUGUUUUCAAGACUUGGUGGAAAAGCUCCUAAGGAAUCUCCAGUUGUAAGAACUGCAAUUUUGAAAAGCCCUCAAAUUCAGAAAACAGUCAAAGCCAAUAGCUUGCCUAAAUCAGAACAAACUAUUAAAUUCAACGAUGUGCUGUUAAGACAAAGGCAACCAUAUCAAUCGAGUCUUUUGCUAAAUAAGUUAGCCAAAGGUACAAUGAGAGCAGAUGAAACUCUAUCUAGCAUAGUCAGAUCUCCACUUUCAACUAAUUUAAAAAAUAAACCAACUAUUAAAAAUAGCGUACACGCACGGCUUGGAAAAUCAAAAAUGGAUCAAUUAAUAAAAGCGCCAACUACUCCUGUACUUAAGCAGGUACGUUUUGGGGGGAUCACAGAGAAGACGAUACCAAGGGAAAGGAAACCGAUUUAUAGACUCAACAAUGACCAGUAUGAAAUUGUUAAUAGCGUGUUUAACAAAGGUUCAAUAGGCAUGUCCACUGGGGUAUUCAGUAGGUUAGGGAUUUAAACAUAUUUACCGCUGCUUGUUUAGUUUUUGAAAAACGGAAUUUUUAUUACAUAUUUGAUUUCAUAAAUGUGUCAAAUGAAAAACGUGUUUAUUAUGUACAUAAAACUAAUGAUGUAUAUAAAUUUUAAUAAAAUUUAUAAGCUUA